AUAAACCAUGACUCAGACAAGGAAGACAUAGAGGCAGAGUCUACAUUUUCAUUAAAUAUGAACUUCAGCAGUAAACGAACAAAAUUUAAAAUUACAACAUCAAUGCAGAAAGACACACCACAGGAGAUGGAGCAGACCAGAAGUGCUGUAGAUGAAGACAGAAAAAUGUAUCUCCAAGCUGCUAUAGUCCGUAUCAUGAAAGCACGGAAAGUGUUGCGACAUAAUGCUCUAAUUCAGGAGGUAAUCAGCCAAUCAAGAGCUAGGUUUAACCCAAGUAUCAGCAUGAUUAAGAAGUGUAUUGAAGUUCUGAUAGACAAACAGUACAUAGAGCGAAGCCAGGCCUCAGCAGACGAAUACAGUUAUGUAGCAUGAUGUUGCUAUCCUGCAGGUAUGAUUGUAAGGAGAUCAUUGCUGUCACUGUUUGGUGUGUUCCUGUGGGAAGAGGCAGGCCUGUGCCUCCAUAAUUGGUCACUUGGCAGCCCCUGUUUUUCUGCUGUUUACAACAUCACCAGUGCCAUGUCAUGAGCGUCAAUGAAAAUGCCUAUAGAUAUUUCAAGCUCAUGUCAUUAUGACAUUUCUUAAAACUUUACUAAAAGAAUGAGUGAAGUAUUGCUGAAAUGUGGAGAAUUGGUUGGGUACCAUGCUUUUUUUUUUUUUCCUCCCUCCCCUUUCACGUUUGCAGUUGAUGUUUUUUAAUGUAUCUUAAGACGAAGUAAAAAAAAAUCACACAAAAACCCUAAAUAUUGUAAUAUGACAGAUAACCUAAUAAUUGUAUCUACAUUAAAAUGUAAAAAAAAAAAUGACGAACAUGAUACUGCUGCUUGUCAAAUAAAAAAAUAAAGUUAUAUAAUGUGUCUCGAAUGAUUGUAGAGCUGGAUAUAGCAUUAAUGUCUGUAAAUAUUAUUCAGGCCUGAAGAGUAAAAAUAAUGUUAUGUGUUUGGGUUUUGAAUAACCUCAGAAGUAGAUCUGACGUAAGAACUAAUUUAUAUAAAACUGAAUACCAGGUAUGUCAUGUUUGAUGUGAUUAUAAAAAAAUAUUUAUGGUUAA